AUGAUUGCAAAGAUUGAAGAGUUUAUCACAAUGCAGUUCACCAGUAGUAAGAGGGUGCUAUCUGCAUUUGGACCUAUACCGGGCAGCAGCAAGACUCGAAUCAGCGAGAGGAGGAAACUGAUGGAUGAGGCCGAGAGCUGGGACAUCCGUCACCAUCGUCACUGGCAGAAGGCUUUAGAGCUCGUAUCAGGCUGUCGCUUCAGUAUGCUUCCCACUAUCAUCCCUAAAGAGGGCACUAUCCUGGGAGGAAACAUGACUCUCCGCGGAAACAACCUCUCCCUCGCCUGCUUUCAUGGGAUCAAUUUUAAGUCCAAAUCCUGGGCCAUAUUCACAGUAGAUGAGCCAUACAUUUUCUUUGCAACAGAAGCACAAAAAACACCAGAACAAGCUGUUCAUGUUGUGGAGGACCUGACAUUCUACAUUGGUCAUGAACUGACUGCCCACACACGUAGUAAGAAUAUGGCCACCAUCUGUAAGCUGAGCCGUGGCCACUCCAUGCCACCAACAUUCACCAGUGUCCAGCAGUGGUUUCACUAUGCCUUUGCCACGUCAGAGGUUAAAGGGUUGGACACAUUUCCAGAGAUGUCCAGAGAGAGUGGGGAUCCCCAGGCAGACCCCUACAAGUCGGCACGGAGCAGGAAAGCCCAAGAGUAUAAUCACGACACGGAGAUCAUCUUUGCUUUCCCAUCCCUCCAGAUGCACCUCAAAACUAUCCAUGAACAGGCUGAAACGGAACCACUACCAGAAGAUCCAAAGCCUCAAGUGGAUUGCAGCUUUGUCACAGAGUUUGAGGACCACAUUUUUGUUGCUAUGGAUGCAGAGGUUAUCCUCUUUCUGCAUGACCUUGUCUCUAUGUACAUCAAAGAAAAAGACAAAGGUACAUAUGGUUCGGGUCCAAAGUCUGCAAAAUCUCCGGAGUCGGAGAAGAAGAGGAUAACACAUCCCACAACAGCUCUGAAACAGGACUGGCGUGAAUUUGAGUGUAAUACAUGGCAUGUCGAACCCACAGUUAGGCUAUUACACUGGGCUAGUAAGCAGAUUGACCCUGUUGGAGUGGACUAUGUUCUACAGAAGCUGGGCUUCACUCAUGCAAGGGUCACAAUUCCAAAAUGGAUGCAGCGUGGACUCCUUGACCCCAUGGACAAGCUCACCUCCUUCCUUGUCCAAAAUCUCAUUCUUGUUCUUAAGGAAAAACCAAAGGAGGAUGAGGAGGAAGACUGA